AUUAAUGUUCCAUUUGAUGUAAGACUAGUGCGAAAUUCAGAUUAUUUCUUCACUCCGUUUUUCCAGAAUAAUCGUUCUAAUUAUUAAAAAAAGACGCCAAACUGAAAAACCGUUGCAACGCUUUUCACUCAAAUCGGACUAUGAAUAGCACGUUUUCAAUUUAUUUUGUAGUAUCUUUCUCAAUCAUCUUCUGCACAUCUUUCUAUUUUAGCUUAUCUAUGUACGUAAGAAAUUCUUUCUAUUUUAGCUAAUCUAUGUAAGAAAUUCCAAUUUGAUGUUUCUGUGCUUUUGGACCUCAGUGGAGUUCCUUUAAUGGAAUGAUCGAUCUUGAUCUAACUGCAUGUUUAACAAAUACAAACUGCUAUUCUAAACUAAAGUGGAAUUAUGAAGCGAAAUUAAUUUUUCUAGAACAUUUCAUUCAUAUAGAUCUACGUAUAUCUAGAAAUGAUCAAAUCAAUAAUAAUUUUGAAUUAUUGAAACGCAAUCCAUAUGAUUCACGUUGAUUCAAUCAACAAUGAGGUUACACUGUGAUUCAGUCAACAAUGAGCUGUGUAAAAUCAAUCAAAAUUAGAACCAUUAAAGAAUGGAUAUGUACAAACUUGAAUCAUACGAGAUUGAAAAUCACAUUGUUUUUCGAUAUUGUAUUGAAUUUUAAAAAAGAUCUUUGUUUGCUAAAAUCCCAUCAGCGUUAGGUGUUAAACAAACAUAAUUCCUCGCGACAGGCACGACAAGAGCGGUGGUUUCCGCCGUUUUCAUUUCAUCUCUUAGAAUCUUGGUUUUAGCCAUAUCCGGAAGUGCGAAUACGCGAAAGGAUCUGUUAAUGUUCGGGAAGGUUAAUAGUUGGUUGUUAGCUUUGAAAAAAAAUGAGUUGAGAUAAAUUUCAUUAUGGAUAAAGUAUAACUUAAAGAGCUGGACAGUAAACUUUUUUUUUAUUUUGAAUAACAUGCAGUUUACAUCAUGACGCCGUUUUCAUAUUGUAUGGUAACAGAGUUCCAGCAAAGAUUCAGGGUGCCAUUACUUCAUGUUUUAAUUGUCUUCUUGUUGAAAGGGUAUGUGAACGCAGCUACCACUGAUUCCACAUUAAACAGCGAGGAUGACGACGAUAGUGGUGCUCCAAUGUCCAUGAUAAUCGGACUGUCGGUCGGCUUCGGCUCCGUUUGUGUUGUUGUUUUUUGUUGUUGUCUCAUUUUCAAAUGUUGUGGAUGUAAAGAAGAAAACAGAAAAACAUCUGCCGUUCGAAGAAAAAUGGCAUGGGACAAUUAAAAAUCACAUUGUCUUUAAUUAAAAAAUCUCAUACAAAUAUUGCAAGGAAGUACAAUUAA